UCACAAUUUUGACUCUUAAACUGGUCAAGCAACUAGCAGGGCGGAAUACACCUUACUAGAAGAAAUCAGUGACGUUGGUAGAAGGCGUUGGCUUGUUUGUUGCGAAGUGUUUUCCUGUUUUGUCGUUGUUUCUUUUGUUCUGAACGCACGUUUGUGUCCACGGCGCUGCAAACACCGGCGGAGUUUAUAAACGAACGAACGAACGAACGAACGAACGAACGAGCUUGUAGCAAAAUGCUGCAAGAACCGAACAGCUACUGUGCAGAAGCACGAGGACUGUGUUGGCUGCACAUGGACCUGCUGACACCGAACAAGAUUUAGUUUUACACGAACACGAAAUUGCAAAUAGACGGAGGUGACUCAUUUUCACGGCUGAGCCCGCAUUCACGACAACCUACAACAAAGAUUCCUCGUACUGUAGACCACGGGAACACUGUUUGGAGCAGCUGACUGCUUUGUGCAGAGAUUUAUGAACCUAACCAGCUGUGAAGCUCAUCACCGUCACCAACUAUUCUCUGGAAUCAAACAGCUCUGCCAAAGAGGACCACAUCCAGCCAUCACAGUAAUAAGGUGAGACUAAAACUGGAGGACACACAAUGGGACGGGAAACUACAAAAGCCAUGAAGGUCGCGUGCUUCAUUUCAAGACCUGAUUCUAAAGAAACGCUUCAGGAGGAAGAAGCUACCCACUGACACGUCGUCAUCACCGCCUUCGUCGUAGCACUUUCACCUGUCCACUCUGUGUGGAAAUCCAAUACAUUUCCAUUUUCCUUUGCCUCGACUCAGCUCAGAAGAUUAGAUUCUGUCCAUUAUCAACAUUAGAUCUGCCUAAAAAAAAAGGAUAUUGCGUUCCCUGCCUGACUGUAAAGUUAUCUAUGUGGAAUAUAACAUCUAGAAGAUAAACGCAGCCAUUACCAGAUGUUAUCAUCACUCUAAGGAUUCCUCCCCAGUUCUCCUAGUAAUCCCAUACACCUUGUUAUUUUCCACCAUGAAUUCCAGUAGCCUGCCUAGUCCCAUUCUCUUGCUGCUCAGUACCUUUCUAUGCCUAAGCGGAGGUUUAGAGUUCACUGGCUCUGAGGGUCAGUGGGCUCGAUACCUGCGCUGGGACGCCAGCACCAAAAGUGACCUGACAUUUCAGUUUAAGACCUCACAAUCCAAAGGCCUGCUGCUCUACUUUGAUGACGGCGGAUUUUGUGAUUUCCUGCUGCUCUCGAUAGCUGCGGGUAAACUGCAGCUCAUCGUUAGCAUCGACUGCGCAGAGAUGACCAUCACCUCCCAUAAAUUGGUCAACGACAGCCGCUGGCACUUCGCUGCGAUCAACAGGCACUAUUUGCAGACCGGCUUGGCCCUGGACGGCCAGACUCAGAUGGAAGAGGUGCGUCCGCAGCGUCAGUACAUGAAAAUUGUCAGCGACCUCUUCCUCGGAGGGUUGCCAGGGGACAUACGACCGUCUGCCAUCACCUUGCCCUCUGUUCUUGAGCUACCACCCUUUAAGGGAAUUAUUACAGACCUCAGUUAUGGGAGUAAGCUGCCCACACUCAUCAACAGUCAGAAAGUACGCUUGGAGAUGAUGGGACUCUGCACAGAGAACCCCUGCGAGAAUGGUGGAAUCUGCUCGCUGGCAGAUGGAGAGACCUACUGUGACUGCUCUAAAACUGGAUAUGUAGGUCGAUACUGCACCGAAGCAGUCCAGAAAAUCCCAGGCCUCGCACACCUGAAGGCAGAGCAAGUGAGGGAGGAGAACGUGGCCACCUUCCGCGGCUCGGAGUACUUCUGCUACGACUUGUCGCAGAACCCCAUCCAGAGCAGCAGCGACGAGAUCACGCUGUCCUUCAAAACCUGGCAACGAAACGGCCUCCUUCUGCACACGGGGAAAUCUGCCGAUUAUGUCAACCUGGCACUGAAAGACGGGGCGGUAUCGCUUGUUAUUAAUCUGGGUUCUGGGGCCUUUGAGGCUAUCGUUGAGCCGGUCAAUGGAAAAUUCAAUGACAACUCCUGGCACGACAUCAAAGUGACACGCAACCUGAGACAGCAAUCAGGCAUUGGACACGCUAUGGUAAACAAACUACAUUGUCUGGUGACGAUAUCCGUGGAUGGGAUUCUCACGACCACGGGCUACACUCAGGAAGACUACACCAUGCUGGGCUCUGAUGAUUUCUUCUACGUGGGUGGGAGCCCCAGCACCGCGGACCUGCCAGGAUCUCCUGUUAGCAACAAUUUCAUGGGCUGCCUCAGAGAGGUGGUGUACAAGAACAAUGACAUCCGUCUGGAGCUGUCCCGCCUGGCUCGCAUCGUCGACCCUAAGAUGAAACUGCAGGGGGACAUUGCCUUCAAGUGUGAAAAUGUUCCUACGCUGGACCCCAUCAACUUUGAGACGCCUGAUUCUUACCUGGCCCUGCCCAAGUGGAACACCAAACGGGUGGGCUCCAUCUCCUUCGACUUCCGCACCACCGAACCCAACGGGCUGAUCCUCUUCACCCACGGUAAACCACAGUACCGGCAGGAAGCCAGGGGCCCCAAGAACACUAAGGUGGACUUCUUUGCCGUGGAGCUGCUGGACGGAGAGCUUUACCUGCUGCUGGACAUGGGCUCUGGGACCAUCAAGGUCAAGGCCACACAGGCUAGGGUCAACGAUGGCAGCUGGCACCACGUGGACAUCCAAAGAGACGGUCGCUCAGGCAUCAUCUCAGUAAACAGUCGUCGGACGCCAUUCACCGCAAAUGGGGAAAAUGAGAUCCUGGACUUGGAGGGCGACCUUUAUUUGGGGGGCCUGCCGGACAGUCGUGGGGUUCUGGUGCUCCCCACUGAGCUUUGGACCGCCAUACUUAACUAUGGUUACGUGGGCUGCGUCAGAGAUCUGUUCAUCGACGGCAGAAGCAAAGACAUCCGGCAGAUAGCUCAGUCCCAGAACAUGACAGGAAUAAGGUCUUCUUGUACUAAGGCGACGGGCAAACAGUGUGACAGCAACCCGUGCAAGAACAGCGGCGCAUGUAAAGAAGGAUGGAACCGCUACGUCUGCGACUGCACCGGCUCUGGUUUCUGGGGCAGUACCUGUGAGAGAGAGUCGUCCAUCUUGUCCUUCGACGGCAGCAUGUACAUGAAGGUGUCGAUGCCAAACAUCAUGCACAGUGAAGCAGAAGAUGUCUCCCUUCGUUUCAUGUCCCAGCGGGCCUUUGGUUUGCUCAUGGCCGCCGCCUCCAGAGAAUCAGCAGACACAUUAAGGCUGGAGCUGGACAGUGGGCGGGUCAAACUGACUGUCAAUCUAGACUGUGUCAGGAUAAACUGUAACACCAGCAAGGGUCCUGAGGUUCUUUAUGCCGGACAAAAACUCAACGACAACAACUGGCACUCGGUGCGAGUGGUACGCCGCGGUAAACACUUCAAACUCACAGUGGAUGACGACAUGGCUGAAGGCAAAAUGGCAGGUGACCACACCCGUCUGGAAUUCAACAACGUGGAGACGGGCAUUUUGACAGAGAGGCGAUUUGUCUCCUCGGCUCCCUCCUCCUUUAUUGGCCAUCUUCAGGGCCUGAAGUUUAACGGCAUGCAGUACAUUGACAUGUGCAAAAACGGCGACAUCGACUUCUGUGAACUGAACGCGCGUUUCGGCAUGCGGUUCAUCAUCGCUGACCCUAUAACCUUCAAGACGAAGGGCAGUUACCUGGGCUUGGCUACUCUGCAGGCGUACUCCACAAUGCACCUGUUCUUUCAGUUCAAAACCACAUCACCUGAUGGUUUCCUCAUCUUCAACAGUGGAGAUGGAAACGACUUCAUCGCUGUGGAACUGGUCAAAGGGUUCAUCCACUACGUCUUUGACCUGGGGAAUGGUCCAAGUCUGCUGAAGGGCAACAGUGACAACCAGCUAAAUGAUAACCAGUGGCACAAUGUGGUCAUUACACGUGAUGGUUCCAACACUCACACUCUUAAGGUGGACUCAAAGUCAGUCACCCAGAAUGUUAACGGUGCCAAGAACCUCGACCUUAAAGGUGACCUGUUCAUUGGAGGUCUGGGACCCAACAUGUACCAAAACCUCCCAAAGCUGGUGGUUUCUCGGGAGGGCUUCCAGGGCUGUUUGGCGUCCGUCGACCUUAAUGGCCGCCUGCCAGAUCUCAUCAAUGACGCUCUUUUUCGGAGCGGGCAGAUUGAGCGAGGCUGCGAAGGGCCCAGUACCACUUGCCAAGAGGACUCCUGUGCCAACAUGGGUGUGUGCAUCCAGCAGUGGGAGAACUUCACCUGUGACUGCACCAUGACGUCGUAUUCUGGGACCCACUGUAACGACCCCGGUACUACGUACAUCUUCGGUAAAGGAGGAGGCCUGAUCACGUACACGUGGCCCAACAACGAACGACCGAGCACGCGGACCGAUCGACUGGCGGUGGGCUUCAGCACCACGAUCAAGGACGGCAUCCUGGUCCGCAUUGACAGUGCCCCGCGUCUGGGUGACUACAUCAUGCUCCACGUUGAGGAAGGCAAAGUUGGCGUGACUUUCAACAUAGGGACCGUGGACAUCAGUGUGAAGGAAAUGACAGCGGUCAAUGACGGCAAAUACCACUUGGUGCGAUUCACCAGGAACGGAGGCAACGCCACCUUGCAGGUUGACAACUGGCCGAUCAAUGAGCAUUUCCCCUCAGGCAACAGCGACAUUGAACGCUAUCAAAUGGCAAAUAAGAAAAUCCCGUUCAAAUAUACCCGGCCGGUAGAGGAUUGGCUUCAGGAGAAAGGCCGGCAACUGACAAUCUUCAACACCCAGGCCACCAUCUCCAUUGGUGGAAAUGACCGGAAGCGGCCCUACCAGGGCCAGCUCUCUGGGCUCUACUACAACGGCCUGAAGGUCCUUAACAUGGCAGCCGAGGGCAACGCCAACAUCAAAGUGAACGGCAGCGUGAGGCUGGUUGGUGAUGUGCCAAACAGUCGGGGCGGGGCCCGCACCACCACUUCGGUGCCGCCGGAGAUGUCCACAACCUUCAUCGAGACCACCACCACUCUGUCUACGACCACCACGAGGAAGCAGCGCUCGCCACCCACCAUUCAGACAACAGAUGACAUCGUUUCAUCGGCGGAGUGCUCCAGCGACGACGAGGACCUGGAGGAGUGCGACUCGGGACACGCAGGAGGGGAGCUAGUCAUUCCUGUGCUAGUUGAGGACCCAAUAGACACCCCUUCUGUUUCCACCCGUUCCCCCUUCAUCCCCCUCCCCCCAACCCUCCGCCCCGUCCUCACCAUUAUUGAGACCACCAAAGAAUCCUUGGCCAUGGCCACUGAGGCGGGGGUACCUUGCUUGUCGGACCGAGGCAGCGAUGAUUGUGAUGAUGGUGAUGGUGGGGAUGGUGAUGAUGAUGAUGAUGAUGGUGAUGGGAUGGUGAUUUCGGGGUUUGGUUCUGGCGAAGCUUUCGACUCUAGCCUGCCCCCGACUGACGAUGAAGAUUUUUACACCACCUUCUCCCUGGUAACAGAUAAGAUCUUGACCACAUCGGCCUAUGAAGGUGGCUACAAAGCCCUCGCACCCAAGUGGGAGGCCAAGGACUUGAGGCCUAGCAAAGCCUCUGAGGCAGGUAGAACUUCAACCACCUCGCCUCCACCAGACCCGCGGGGCACACCACCGGCAGCGGUCCCCUCAGACACGCCACCAAAGCGGCCUGCUGGAAAAAUGAACAACCGCGACGUGAAGCCGCUGCAGCCGGACAUUGUCCUGCUGCCUUUGCCCACACCCUUUGAUGCAGACGGCACCAAGCCCAGGGGCCCCUUCAUCACCUCGCCCAUGCUGCGCACAGUGCCCGUGGCCUUGCCCACAAUGCCUGGAGUUGUGCGGCGAGUCCCCCCUGGGGCUUCAGAGGUCAUUCGGGAAUCCAGCAGUACCACAGGCAUGGUGGUGGGCAUCGUCUCAGCCGCUGCCCUCUGCAUCCUCAUCCUCCUUUAUGCUAUGUACAAGUACAGAAACAGGGACGAGGGUUCCUACCAAGUGGACGAGACGCGCAACUACAUCAGCAACUCGGCGCAGACAAAUGGCGCCGUGAUCAAAGAUAAAACACCCAGUGGGAGCGCCAAGGGCGGCGCCGGUAGCAAGAGACCAAAAGACAAGGACAAGGAGUACUAUGUAUAGAAGUCAAGUCGUUUUAACACAUAAAAACAAACUCUUUGAAACAAAGUUAUAGACGUUUUUGACAGUACCAUAUUGGCAACUGUGAUUUGAAAGCUAAACAUUUCCAGAGAACUCAACUGUCGCUGAGUCGCUGAAACACUAGAGAAGUACUUUGGCUUUUAGAAGCACACUUACUAUUGUAAGCAUUUUGGAGAGACAGUGCAGUACAACUCCACUUGGAUUCAACGUGGAGCUUUCAACGAGUCCCUGCUGGAGACUUUGGACAGUGUGAAUAACGUCACCCUCAACAUCAACAUGCCCCCAAGUGACUGUCGAGAGGUGUGUGACCCUUAGAGCUCUAACGACCUUCGUCCAUCGUAACCCUGUAAAAUACGACCACCGUCAUCUCAGCCAUUCUGAGCAUGCAUGUGAGGUGUAUGUGACGUGGUGCUGGCAUCUGUGUAAGUGAGGGACCUCAAGAAAUAAUGAUUGUGAGGAAUGUUUGAAGUCAAAACAGGAUUCACUUUACAGAUGAUUUCAAUAAAUGUAGCUCUCAUCGACAAGGUCAAUUUAAACAUGUAAUCAGAGGGUUUUUUUAUAUUCAUUUAUUUGUGUUUUUAUUUUUUAGAUGUAGUUUUUUCAUAUUUACGUAGGGGUUAAAUUCUUGUUUUAUUAUUUAUUUUUUAUUUUUUUGAAAGGAUGGUGUUCAGUCAGGGUUGAGCAGGCGGUGGUCAGUGACUGCACAGCAGGAUGGAAGUAAUGUAUCUCAAUAUUUCUCUCUCUCAUCCUCAUGUCUCGGCUAAAGAUUGGACCGCUGCGCAUGGCAUCCAAAGUCUAAAUGGAAGUCAUGUGUGCAAAGGCAGAACCGCUGCAUUUGGUUUUGCACAACAUAUUGUGACAUCGCUGAAUUUGAAAUCAGUGAUAGCAUUUUUGUUUCUUUGCUGAGUUUUUUUUUUUUUUUGAUUUCCUCUCCCGGAUCAGAAAUUCUCAUCCUCAUUAUACCACAAUUAAUACCAUUCACAUAUAGACACGACACUGACUUUAAGGUAAGGAGUUUUUUCUAUCUGUUGUCACAGACGACUGUGGCAGAAACAGCAGAUAUG